UCAUCUCGACCAGAUCAGGUUCAUAUCUAAGUGAUAAAUCGUCCCCAAACUUUUUCUGGCACUUGCUGCCGGCAGAUCUCGUGGCUGUGCGCAUGUGCGAAGGUGUCCAGACUGACAAUGCUGGAGAGAUAGCGCGUUUGGAUUGAGAAACCCCGAGAAAAAGGACAGAGAAAAAACAAAAAGGAGGAAAAAAGAUUCAAGAAAAAAUCCAAACAAACCCCCGCGCCGAGAGACUGGCACCAUGAGGUCCAAAGGCAGGGCACGGAAACUGGCCACGAGUGAAGGCGAUGAUGAGUUCGCCCUUUAUCCGUCAGACAUCUUAGAUGACGUAUGUGGCUCUGAUGGGGAUCCUGCACUUUCUUCAGCCCUACCAGAGGACCCAGUGUCCCCUCCGCUCUCUGACGAUGAGUCCUCACCCCAGGACCCCUUGUCCUUCCAACAUCCGAGCAUCUUUUUACCCCAAGAAGAUCUGACCAUUCCUCUGGACUUUGAAAUGCGAGAGUCAGCAGUUACAGGUGGAGGUCUGGGCAUCUGGAGCCGCAGGAAGGUGAACAUCGGAGAGCGCUUUGGACCAUAUGAAGGAGAGCACAGGCCUUUUCUCCAAGAUCCCACUCAAGGCUGGGAGAUCUUGGAUGGGUCAGGCCAUGUAAAAUUCUGCGUGGAUGCCAGCAAACCAGAUAUUGGGAGCUGGCUGAAGCACAUUCAGUUUGCCCCUGCGGCCAGGCAGCAUAACCUGACAGCGUGCCAGAUAGAUGAUCAGAUCUUCUACAAAGUCACCAGAGAGAUUUUUCCUGGUCAGGAGCUGCUACUUUUCAUGAAGGCUGAGGAGUAUUCAUGUGACACGAUGGCUCCUGAUAUUCAUGAGGAGAGGCAGUACCGCUGUGAGGAUUGUGACCAGCACUUUGAGUCCCGCAACCAGCUGCUGGACCACCAGAAGCAGCCAUGUGGGAUGCCCCCCACCUCCUUCCUGACCCCAGGAGUGGAUAAUGACCUGAAGGCCCAAGAACCUCAAGACUUGCGACCCCUCCACAUGUCCCAUGGACUACAUGAGUGUAAGGAGUGUGAUCAGGUCUUCCCCGAUGUCCAGAGCCUGGAGGCCCACACUCUGUCUCACUCUGAGGAGCGGGAAUACAAAUGUGACCAGUGUCCCAAGGCCUUCAACUGGAAAUCAAACCUAAUCCGACAUCAGAUGUCGCACGACAGUGGCAAGCACUACGAAUGUGAAAACUGCUCAAAGCAGGUGUUCACAGACCCCAGUAACCUACAGAGGCACAUUCGCUCUCAGCACGUUGGGGCUCGUGCCCAUGCCUGCUCUGACUGUGGCAAGACGUUCGCAACGUCUUCGGGCCUCAAGCAGCAUAAGCACAUCCACAGCAGUGUCAAGCCCUUCAUGUGUAAGUCACUAAGACCCUACCUAUGUGAGGUAUGCCACAAGUCCUACACCCAGUUCUCUAACCUUUGCCGCCACAAACGCAUGCACGCUGACUGCCGCACACAGAUCAAGUGUAAAGACUGUGGGCAAAUGUUCAGCACCACCUCUUCCCUCAACAAGCACCGGCGUUUCUGUGAAGGGAAGAACCAUUUCACAGCAGGGGGGUUGUUUGCUCAGGGGAUGCCACUCCCUGGCGCUCCUGGCUUGGACAAAUCAGCUCUUGCGAUGGGUCACAGCAGUGCUGGACUGGCUGAUUAUUUUGGGGCAAGCCGCCACCAUAGUGGGCUUACAUUCCCUGCUGCCCCAGCAUUUCCUUUCAGCUUCCCUGGCCUGUUCCCCUCUGGACUCUAUCACCGGCCACCGCUCAUCCCUGCCACCACCUCCCCUGUUAGACAACCAGCCCACGCACCUGUAGCUGGGCCUGGUGCAGAGCUGAGUAAGAGUCCACUGCUGCCUCCAAGCCCUGGUGCUCAGGAGUCUCGAGAGCUCCUCAAAGCUCUCCGUAAAGAUGGUGGUUCACCUGGAAAUCAGAUACCAGGAUCAGAGCUCCACAUCCAGGGCUCCUCAUCGUCCACCAAGCAGCAGAACAAGCAAAGUGACCAAUCUGAGAGCAGCGAUCUGGACGAUGUCAGCACACCCAGCGGCAGUGAUCUGGAGAGCACAUCAGGCUCCGAGCUUGAGAGUGACAUGGACAGUGAGAGGGAGAGGGGGGCAGCUCGAGAAAAUGGCAAAGGUCCCAAGAGGAAGGCCACUGAGGGAGGCUCCCAAAGCCCCAGCCUGAUGGGCAGCGGUGCUGCAAAAGACUUUCCAGGCCCUUCCCUCAUUCCAUCCUCACUGGACGAGCACACAGCUGUAACAGGGGCUGUGAAUGACUCUAUUAAGGCCAUUGCCUCCAUUGCUGAGAAGUACUUUGGCUCCACAGGGCUAGCUGGCCUGCAGGACAAGAAGGUUGGGUCUCUGCCCUACCCCUCUAUGUUUCCACUGCCUUUCUUCCCAGCUUUCUCUCCUCCUGUUUACCCCUUCCCAGACAGAGACCUCAGACCUGCAGGCCUGAAGGGUGAACCACAGUCGCCAGCAGAUGACGGCAAGAAAGCCCAAGGCAAAUCUUCAUCUGAGUCACCAUUUGACCUCACGACCAAGCGAAAGGAAGAAAAGUUGGCCCCGUUUGCUCCCUCUAAACCAGAGGUCUCACAUGCUACUGGUCAGGAUCAGCCGCUAGACCUGAGCCUGGGAUCCAGGGGCCGUAGACGUAGUGCGAGAGAGGAGGACACCAAGAAGAACCUGAACUAUGAAGAUAAGAAGGGGGUGAUGGAGAUCCCAAAAGCAGACACCUCCUUACAGCAUGCCAGGCCCACCCCUUUCUUCAUGGAUCCCAUCUAUAGCAGGGUUGAGAAGAGGAGAAUGAGCGAUCCGUUUGAGACUCUGAAAGACAAGUACAUGCGACCAGCUCCAGGCUUCCUUUUCCAUCCACAGUUUCGUUUACCAGAUCAGAGAACUUGGAUGACGGCGAUCGAGAACAUGGCAGAGAAGCUGGAAACAUUCAAUUCCUUGAAGCCAGAGUCUGGUGACCUGCUGCGCUCCGUUCCCUCCAUGUUUGACUUCAGAGCUCCACCUUCUGCACUUCCAGAGACGCUGCUGCGCAAAGGCAAGGAGCGCUACACAUGCAGAUACUGUGGAAAAAUAUUCCCUCGCUCUGCCAACCUGACUCGCCACCUCAGGACUCACACGGGAGAGCAACCCUACAGGUGUAAAUACUGCGACCGUUCCUUCAGCAUCUCCUCCAACCUGCAGCGUCACAUUCGUAACAUCCACAAUAAGGAGAAGCCCUUCAAGUGCCACCUGUGUGACCGUUGCUUCGGUCAGCAAACCAACCUGGACCGUCACCUCAAAAAGCACGAGAAUGGCAACCUGUCAGGAACUGCGAUGUCGUCCCCGCAGUCUGAACUGGACAGUGGCAGCGCCAUAUUGGAUGACAAAGAAGACUCUUAUUUUAAUGAGAUAAGAAAUUUCAUCAGCAACACGAGCCAGAACCAGGCAUCACCGGACCCCUCUGAAGAAGGUUUAAUUCAUGUUCCUGGUGUCAGGUUAAACGGUGGUCCAUUUGAAGAGGAGAAGCCCCUGAUGGCCAGCCACGGGUCACGUGACCUGGAAGACGAGGAAGCGGAGGAGCUGGAAGCUGAUGAAGAAGAAGGAGAAGACAACAGCAACACCCCCGAGAAGCCGGAAGGAAAGGUGCUUCCUGGCAACCUCAGUGAUGACAUAAUGCAAGAUGAAAUGGACUUCAGUGAGCAAAACGACUUGAACCUCAGCUGUAAAACCUCUCCUAGGAGGUAUAAGGAUGAGGAGGACCAGAGCAGCUACUCAGCCUUGGAUCACAUUCAUCGUUUCUCUGAAAUGCGCAAGCUGGAGGAGAGUGAGCUUAGUGACGGAGAUGGAGACGAGGACGAUGGAUCAUUUGGCUCCCCUUCUUUGACCGAGGCAGUCAAACAGCCCCUCUUUAGGAAAUCUAAGUCUCAGGCGUAUGCCAUGAUGCUGUCUCUGGCUGAAAAGGACUCUCUCCACCCGGCCACCCAUACCCCAGCUACCAUGUGGCACAGUCUGGCACGGGCUGCCGCUGAAUCCAGUGCCAUCCAAUCCCUCAGCCAUGUAUGAUGAUUCCCAUUUAGAGCCUACACCUCUCAACUCCCCCCUCCUGACCCUGAUCUACCUAUGGCACUGGGAGUCCAUCGCGGGGGGCUAAUCUGCAGGGGCCCCUGAUCGUCCACAGAGUGACUGCUGAGCAGAACCACGGCCCAUCUGACUGCCUUACACACAAAAGCAGGGUCACUGUCCAAGCAGAACCCAGACCCACACCCAGCCCCUAAAACCUCCAGCAGAUAGAGAGCAAAACGUCCCUCUGAGACCUUAAAAUUGAUUUCUUACACCAACCAGGAUGUGGUGAAAAUAAUAAUUCUAAAGUAAUAAUAGCUGUAUUUAUUCUUCUGAAUUUCUAUGUUUUGCACCGCAAAGGCAGCUGAUAGAUUUGGAAGGUGGAGGUGCUGAUGUGUCACUGCUAGACUGACCAGCACAUAGAAGGCGAGGAGAACAUUUUACGCUAAGAGUGAGAGUUUGGUCGUGUCUCUAAGACAGCUGGUUUCAGCCUAGAAUGUUUCACGUGUGUAAAGCAUAAGAACCAGAACAAGAAUUCCCUUUAAACCCCGGAGAUCCACAGGUGUUUCUCAUAAAUACAUGUACUUGAUGAUAAAAAUUGAAAGGUGGGGUGAGCAACUUUGGUUCAAAUGAAAAACCGCUCCAUGUAAGGACAGCACUAGCAGCGCUUUAAUAUCACUGAAGUCAUUGAAGAACAAAUGGGGAAAAAAAGUAAUUGUUCAACUGAAAUCAGGCCAGUUUCCUAUCUGCAUUUUCAUAGCUGCGUGUGUCUGCACAAUCAUAGCACUGUACACAAGUGUCUAACAACUGUUCUCCACUGCACUCCAUCCUGCCCGCCUGCGCUAUCUGUGAAAGGAUAUAAAUAGAUUGUCUUUUUAGUGGAAGAGAAGAAAAACACAAUGUUUUUUUUUACUGAGAUAAGUAGCCAGUGCUGAAGUUAAUUGUUGUUCUGUAAAGGGCAUAUGUCUUUUUCAAAACCCUUGAAUCCAUCCUAGUCCACCAACAAUACCACUAAAUAGCCUGAAUGCUAGUCGUUAGCUACUCCAUGCUCGUGUGUCUUUCAUUUUUAGACAAUCAUGAUUUUUGUUUUCAUUUUUUUCGUUGGUGUUGUUGUUGUUAUUUGCUGUUGUAUUUUGAGAAUUGUAUUUAUUUCUUGGCAAACUGUAGUUUGUUUACUGAAUAGCACUGCUCUUAGCCCAGGUGAAGGGGAGAUUCCUAAAGCCGGGCCUAUCCCAGAGUUCAAUGGGGUUUGUAGAUUACAUUUGAGUGCCGGAUAGUAUUAAACAUACAAUUCACUCCUUAUUCUACUAAUGAAACCGGUCGAUGAAUAGAUAUUACUUAGGGUUUUUUUUCUAUGACAAUUUAAUGAUUCAAUUGUAAAAAAUGAAAAACAUUAUAAAGAAUGAAUAAUAAAAAGCCAGGUAUAAUUUCUUCAUAAGCGCAUGAUUGGUCUGGUAAGAUCUGUAUCUGACAUUUUCUACGGUUGUCUGCAAGCUUGUGUGAUGUUCGGUUCAUGUUAAUCCCUUGUGCCAAACUUAUGAUAAAUAACAGAUUACUUUCAUUUAUUCUCCCGUUUUGAGGGACCAGAUUUUUCUGUUUGUUUUUGUCGUUGUUUUGUUUAUAAUCGAUUUUAAAAAGUAAUCAGCAAGUUGAGGUACUUUGUUUUAAUGCUUUCUACAAUGUAACUGUUAUGCAUUUCAAUUCAAUACUGUGGGAGGAACAACUAAGAAAUAAAGGACUACAAUGUGGAUUGA